AUGAACCAGUAUAAUUUUAUUCUGGAUGCCUCAGCGUUUGAGAAAGGUUUAGGUAACGUUAAGAGGUGGUGCCAGAGCAAUGGUAAUGUGGACGGUAAAAAAAAUGUAUACUUGCGAUUCUAUGUUCCAACUUUUACGCUUCAAGAACUUAACUUCCUGCAAUAUAGACAUAAGAGUUUCUCCGCGAAGGAGGCUCUGAAGUUCAUCGAUAAGCUUGAAACAGCUACGUCUGAGGGCCAAAGGAACCAUGUAGUCAUUGGGAGGAAAAAAGAAGAAGAUUUGAGAUCAGAUUUAGAGCUUUUUAUCGAGUUCCCAGAUAUUUUGGAUGCAGUCACUUGGCCUACUGUUUUGAGCUAUUGUACAGAGGGUCAAGCGACAAUUGAUUCGUUGAAUAAGUUACCAAAGAGGUUUAAAAUACUACUGAAAAGCUGUGUGUAUAAGUGCCAUUUAGAAGAUGAUGACCGAAUUCGUUGGAUUUUAGUUACAGAGGACCCUCAAGUCAGAAAAAUAGCCUCACAAUGCCAUAUCCCGUGGUGUUCAAUAGUUGAUGCCGAUUCUAUAAUAUCAAAAGAUAUGAACGAUCGUUCUUUUAGAGACAGUGAGAAGUUCAAUAGCAUGAUGUUGAAGCGUGGAGUUGCAAAAUCAGAAAAUAUGGACGGCAAAGAGGUUAUAAAGACUAAUUUCGAUCAAACUGUUUAUGCGACUCGGGGAAGUGGAAAACUAUGGACUCCAUAA